CAAUAGGAGGCGCUGUGAGGCCACGCUGGCUCCUUUGCUGAAGGUUCCGCUACUGUCCGCAGAGUGUCGCUGUUUCCCCGCGGUGACGCUUCGCCAGCACUGGCCGUCAGGCAGCGUCAGCAGGCGGAGAGGACACUCGGAUCAACCAGUAAUCACCAUCGGAUCUCACUCUGUCAUGGUCUUCGCUGGAGGAGCGAGCAACAGCGCGUCCUAUUUCUUCAUCGACACUGAAACUUUGAGGCUUACCAUGUCUGUGGACGCUCGAGCCCCGCGGAUGUAGGCGUCUUGACGCCUGGAAGUAGCCACCUCCACAGCCAAAGAGCACAAAGAAGAAGCUUCUUUUUGAACACAUCGGACGUAAAGACGGCAUCCGGCCUGAAGAGAAGCUCCGAGGUGGGGGACCCCGGACGGAGCAACGCUCAUCGGUUCUGGCCUCCCCUGCCCGAGAGCUCCAUGGAGAAGAUGAAGCGCUUCAAGCGGCGCCUCUCGCAGACGCUGCGAGGCAGCCACACCAUCGACGAGUCGCUCUCUGAGCUGGCCGAGCAGAUGACCAUUGAGGAGAAUGGCUUGAAGGACAGCGAGCCUAUCGUGAGGAAUGGACGUCCACCGUCAGCUCACAGCGUCCACUCAUUCCUCCACCAGUACACGGGUUCCUUCAAAAAGCCUCCUCUGCGACGACCACAGAGCGUUAUUGGUGGAGGAUUGGGAUCAUUGAUGGUCAUGCCUCGCAAUGGCAGCCGCCUCGACAUUGUCCACGAGAACAUGAAGAUGGGGUCAGAUGGUGAGAGUGACCAGGCUUCUGGAACGUCGUCAGAUGAGGUGCAGUCGCCCACAGGAGUCUGUCUGAGGAACCGAGGGAACAGACGCAUCUCUGCAGAGGACCUGAACAAGCGGCUCUCCCUGCCCGCUGACAUCCGGAUACCAGACGGUUACCUGGAGAAGUUGCAGCUGAGCAGCCCGCCCUUCGACCAGCCGCUGAGCCGACGCUCCCGCAGAGCAUCCCUGUCUGAGAUUGGAUUUGGAAAGCUGGAGACCUACAUCAAACUGGAUAAACUGGGGGAGGGCACGUAUGCAACAGUUUUCAAGGGGAGGAGUAAGCUGACGGACAACCUUGUGGCGCUAAAGGAGAUCCGAUUGGAGCACGAGGAGGGGGCACCAUGCACGGCAAUUCGAGAAGUCUCGUUACUGAAGGACCUGAAGCAUGCCAACAUCGUGACGCUCCACGACAUCGUCCACACCGAGAAGUCGCUCACACUGGUCUUCGAAUAUCUGGACAAAGAUCUAAAGCAGUACAUGGACGACUGUGGAAACAUCCUGAGCAUGCAGAAUGUCAAGAUCUUUCUGUUCCAAAUCCUGCGAGGUUUAGCCUACUGUCACAGACGGAAAGUUCUCCACCGAGACUUGAAGCCACAGAAUCUGCUCAUCAACGAAAGAGGGGAGCUCAAGUUGGCCGACUUUGGUCUGGCAAGAGCCAAGUCUGUGCCCACUAAAACAUACUCCAACGAGGUUGUGACGCUCUGGUACCGGCCGCCAGACGUGCUGCUGGGCUCCUCAGAGUACUCCACGCAGAUAGACAUGUGGGGAGUGGGCUGCAUCUUCUACGAGAUGUCGGCUGGCAGGCCCCUGUUUCCGGGCUCAACGGUGGAGGACGAGCUGCACCUCAUCUUCAGGCUGCUGGGCACGCCCACAGAAGACAGCUGGCCCGGGAUCUCCUCCAUAGACGAGUUCAAGUCCUACAAGUUCCCCAAGUACAAGACGCAGCCUCUGAUCAACCACGCGCCCAGCCCACUCAUCAUUGGAGAUGGGACUGAGCAAAUGUAUCUCAGCCGACUCAGGUUGGACACGGAUGGCAUCGACCUGCUGAUGUCAUUCCUCAGAUACGAAUCCAAAAAGAGGAUCUCAGCGGACGAGGCCAUGAGGCAGCCAUACUUCAGGAGUCUGGGGCCCCGGGUGCACACGCUGCCAGAGAACAUAUCCAUAUUCACACUGAAGGAGGUCCAACUUCAGAGAGACCCUGGUUACCGGAAUUCAUCGUAUCCGGAGUCGGGCACCGGCAAGAGCAGACGACAGAGCAUGCUGUUUUAGAGUUUCUGGACUGUAGUUGUUUUUUUGUUUUUUACUCGGGGACGAACCUCAUGCUGUGGGGGCAGUGACCUCAGAUGGAUGUUGGCGUGAAGCAUCUUCAUCAUCACCACCUUCAUCUUCCCGCCUGGGUGCUUGUCCACGGUGAGACCCCGCCCCCCUGCAGGUUUGGCCGGAACUGGGCCCUGGAAUAGACGUUUAUAUACUGUACAUCUAUAUUUAUUAAGAAGAGAAUUUGCUGCUACACCUGACUACUGUCUAGAAUCUAACUGGCUCAGUCACUUUAAUGAGUUCAUGCAAUGUGUAUAGACUUUUUUUUUCUUUUGAAGUGGUGAUAUUUUUAGUGUUUGUUUUUGUCAUCGUCUCCAUUUCACACAUGAAUCCGAGCUGGGACACGCGCGCGCGCGUGCGGACGCCUUUGUAACUGAAACGGAGGCUGCGGAAACAUGAGCUCACUCGCCAGGGUUUAUCAUUCCAUAAUGAGUCAAGAAGAAGAGCAGCACCGGCAGCGGAGGAGUGGAACCGGUCUGUGAGUCACUGGCCUGGUUGUGAAAGAAAAACACCUGACUCAGUCCAAGAUUAUUUUAUUAGCCUGCCUUUUUUUUUAUAGAACAAUAGUCUUCAAAGUUCAGGUCAUGGGGUUGUCAUGUCACUUUUUUUUCCACCAAUGAGAUUCAUCACCAGUGGUGCGUUCACUGACCAAGAGAUUUAUAAACCUUAGAGCGAUCACAGUUCCGUUUUAACAAACCCAGAGAAGGAUUUUCUGAAUGGUGUCACCGAGUUUUUGGGACUUUGACGCUGCAGUUUUCACAAAGGAAGAAGUCACAAAGCUAAUCUUCCUUUCUUAUUUUACCGUGAUGAAGGACACACAGACCAUCGGAUUCUGAUCAUCAUUUGUUUUCACCACUUCCUGUCUGUUACGAAGAAAGAGCUGCCCCAGUCUGGAUCCUCGUCUCCGUCCACUGUACAAACUGACCCCUUACUUUAGGACCGCCUGCGUCGUGUUGCAUGGCCGCCAUGUUGUGCGAGGAAACCGCCGCCGCCGCCGCCCGUCUCCUGCGCCAGGGCGCUCUCGUCCCGCCCUUCGUGAAACUGAGUCUAACAGUGUUACUUUUGUAUCAUAUUCUUUAACUUCAUUUGUGGAUAAUUGUUAUCGUUGUGGGACUUGAGUGCAGAGAUCCUCCCAAACCGUUUCUUUUUCCAGAGUAAAAGAAAAGUUGAACCACACCAGCUCUCGACUCUUCUGUUGAGCAUUCAAUGCUUUUAUUGAAAAUGACAUUCACAAUACAAAAGAUACAGAAUACAAACUGUAGACCGCGUCCAGUAUAAAAAAAGAGAACAUUACACAUGUUUAAGUUUUUUCAUCAAUCUGAAAUCUUGUCUUCAUUAAAAAUAUUUUUGAGAAACAGAACAGAACAACAAGGCACAGCCGGUACUAUCAGAGAAGCAUAGUGCAUAGAAGUAUAUGCAGAGGCGGCGUUCACAUGGACAGGGGGCCGUCACGAUCGCAGCAG